GACUCGGAAACGGUAGAACGGUGCUGGCUUCGCCGGCUGACGUUGGCUUCGAGACUAGUGCGACGUUGCAACUGAAGCACGUGAGAGAACGGGACGGCAACGAGCCAGUGCCAUGUCGUCGGAAAAAAGCCUCGACACGGCCGACUGCGUAGUCUUUGGUGUGCUGACCGCUGUGGGAUACAUCGUCGGCAUAUACUUCUCAUUUGCCCGCCGACGGCAAAAGCUGGCGUCCAGCGACGGGGAUGUCCCCGGCGCCGAUUAUGAAGCAUUCCUGGGCGGACAAAGCCUCCCAUCUGUUGCUCUGGCCGUCUCCGUCGUGGCGUCCGUGGCGAAUGGAAUGAACGUGGUGGGAUUCGUGGGUCACUACUACGCGUACGGUUUCCACGCACUGUGGAUCCUGGCGGGAACUGCAUUUGCGACCACGUUUGCGGUGGUUGUGAUGAUUCCGUUGCUCUAUCGGCUUCGCGUUGCGUCAAUUUUCCAGUACCUUCGAAUGCGUUUCGAUAACAAAGUUGGAAUCACGGCAAGCGUCGUCUACUUCGUACUCAGCCAAACACUCGGUGCAGUUGGAAUUUACAGCGCCGCAAUUGGAUUAGCUACAACUUACUCGCUGUGCUAA